AUACCCUGCUUUGGCCUAAAAUGGUGCCAGAUCUAGCAUCUGAUCUUAGAUCUCGUGGCCAACGCGACAAAAGACAGGGUGGCCCUUGCUUUCUACAACUAGAUUGAUCUACCCCAGAGAACACCAGAGGAUCUCGUUGUCUGUGCUCUGUGAACGACAUGUACAAGUAAAGCUAGAGUUGCAACCGCAUCCUGUGAGCAUUUUCUGUAAGGAGCUAGGACUGGCAACAACUUUCAACUGCUUGAGACGUAUGCUCAGAGCCUUGAACUUGUCUGUAAUUAAUUUUCUAGUAUCUUGACAUAACUCAUGCACAUGAUUUUACUCAUCAAGAGCAAGGAAAAUUAAGUACCAAGGUCAUCAAGAGACCGAAUUGCUAUGGAUCCAACUCGAAUUAGCGGUUACUCGUUCGAUCAAUCCGUCAACGUUAGUUACCGCGAUCUUUGAACACAAGUUGCACUAAUCACUAUCCACAAUGAAGGCGAGCUUGGAAACGAUCGUAGCUUGUUUCAGAAACACGUGUAACAAUUCUAGAGGCGUACGGCUAUCAAAAGCUCAGAUCGAACGAGGCACAUAUCGCGUACCUAGCGCUGCCUCAAUUCCCCAAAGACACCUCGCCAUUACCGACUAAUGCCUCGUCGCAUUGGUCAACUGUUCAGCCUUAAUAGAUCCCCACUCUCCCGCGAAUGCUUCAGAUAGUUCUCACCCUAAACUAUCUGAGGGCUCUAACCAGGAGAGCACCAUCCCAAGUCCCACGGUAAUUUAGGUUGAUCACAUUAAUGGAGAGACUCGAUCGGGUCCAAGUUCCCGAGAAUGGUACAACGGCUACUAAUAAGACAUGGAGAAUCUCUUCUGCAGCAGCGACGACUCCAGUGAUGUGGGCGUUGUGGAGUUAGUUCUGUCAAACGUACAAUCGAGCUUUGCUGUGGAGGAAUUCCAAAACAGAGUAACAUAGUGAUGAAGUCGCUGUAACAGAGGCUGUAGAUACCCAGCGAAUAACGGAGGAAUCAAAAUUAGUCAGUAGAGUUUAAAGACGGAGCACUAGAUAGCGCGAUGCUGUAAUUCAGAUCUCCCUGUCAUGCACGUCCAGCAGAUGCUCUUCACGGGCAUCAAGCUCUGCUGUUACUGGUUGAGAGUCAGUAUACCAUACCAUCUAUGUCUCUUGAUGCAAAUCUAGUCCAACAGCAACAUUGUCUACUAGGUAUGAUCUGCUGCUAGAUGGAAUCGUAUCACC